UCUAUAAAAGGCCGCCUACUGCACUGGUCAGACACAGUCCGCAACAUGAGGUGCCUGACACAGAUCGCUCUCGCAGCCGUGCUCUGCGUCCUCCUCCUCUCCUGGACGGAUGCUUCACCGACGCCAGAUGUUAAUGAAGAAACCGUGAAAGUCCACGAAGAGAAGGUACCAUCUGAAGAAGUACCAGCUGCUUCUCAGGCUGCAGAUGGUGAAGCAGCAGCACGUGUGAAGCGCGGAGGCGGCGGCUGCAAAACGUGCGGGGGCGGCGGCGGUGGCCACGGAGGCGGCCACGGAGGCGGUCUCGGAGGCGGCCAUCACGGGGGCGGCGGCUUCGGGGGCGGUCUCAGCGGCAGCCACUCCCAGAGCAGCUCCCAGGCCUCCAGCUCCAGUUCCAGCGGCAGCUUUGGAGGCGGCUUUGGGGGUGGCAAGCAUGGACAUGGAAAGUGAGAAGCCUGGACGUGAUCGCUUGUCUCUGCUGCUCACUGAUGCCAUUGUAACUUGGAUCAAAUAAACUACUUGCUUAAUAUUA